GGCCUAUUUUAAUGGCAAUGUGUCUUUUACUGUAAUAAAGUUUUUAAAAUUUAAACAUCCACCGUAUUUUGUGAUCACACCUAUAAUGUUUAAAAUUAGUCACCAGAUAAACUCUUGGGUUUCCCAUCCCUCCAAACCUGGUAAAAUGUCUGUUCCACAGAAACAGUGAUUUAAUAGAUGAGAACAUUUUUCACACACACUUUAGCACAGUCACACACUCAAGGGCCAGUCAGAACCAAACACGACACACACCGUCACAAGAACCACCGCACACACAGUGACGGCCAUUCACACACUCACUGCAGAGAGACAAUCGCGUGCAGACUGCACACCCCACACACAUACCUUCACACACACACCCCACCACACACCCCAACAGAACAGUACACACGCCGUCGUGUCACCCGAUGGUCCCCACGCACGCACGCUCUGGUCCUGCCUACUCCAAAACAUCUCGAGACCCGGGCUUACGUCUUGGCUACGGCCUUUACGCCUAGAGACUACGUCUCCCAGACGACACUGCGGCGCUGACCCAAUCGCGACGCAGCACUGUUGCGGCUUUGUGCGUCUGCACCAUCUUCCGGCUCCAGGCGGCGAGUCCGCCUGUACCGAGGAGGAAGCGCACCAGGGGAUGCGGAGGGCGCAGCCGCAGUGGCACCUGGACCCGAGGAGGCGGCAGCUCUACCAUCUCAGGACUCUGCCCUUCCCCAAGAGAGGAGCCAGGAGGCGGACCCAUCAGCCCAUGAAAUUCUAAAAGUCAUGUCCCUCGGGUCAGACUUGUUCAGGGACGUGGCUGUAGUCUUCUCCCAAGAAGAAUGGGAACGGCUGGCGCCAGCUCAGAGGGAUUUGUACAGAGACGUUAUGUUGGAGACCUACAGCAACCUGGUCUCACUGGAUCUUGCCAUUUCCAAACCUGAUGUGAUCUCCUUCCUGGAGCAAGGCAAAGAGCCCUGGAUGGUAGAGAGGGCAGAGACCCGAGGUGUGUGCCCAGUAUUGGAGUCCAGGUAUGAUACUAAGGUAUUGUCUCCAAAGCAGCCCAUUUGUGAAGUGCGGUCCCCCCGGUGGGAGAUAAGGGAAGGCCUUACAAGUUACGGUCUUGAGUGCUCGAGUUUCCAAGACGAUUGGGAAUGCAGAAGCCAGUUUAACAGGCAACAGGGAAAUCCAAAUGGACAUUUGAGACAAAUGACAAUCAAUCACAAAGAAGUGCCCACUUUCGACCAGCAAGCAUCCCUUACUUUUUAUCAGAAAAUUCAUACUGGAGACAAACCCUGUGGAUAUGAUGAAUGCAGAGAAGACUUCUGGCCAGAGGACUUCCUUAUUAGUCAUCAAGGACUUCAUACUAAUGAGAAACCCUAUAAAUGUAAGGAAUGUGGGAAAGCCUUUAAAUAUGGCUCACGACUAAUUCAACAUGAGAAUAUUCAUUCUGGCAAGAAACCCUAUGAGUGUAAAGAAUGUGGAAAGGCCUUUAAUUCAGGUUCAAAUUUCAUACAACACCAGAGAGUUCAUACUGGCGAGAAACCUUAUGAAUGCAAGGAUUGUGCAAAGGCCUUUAGUCGGAGCUCACAGCUGAUUGAACAUCAACGAAUUCACACUGGAGAGAAACCCUAUCAAUGUAAGGAGUGUGGGAAGGCCUUCAAUCGGAUCUCACAUCUUAAAGUACAUUAUAGAAUUCAUACGGGUGAGAAGCCCUAUGCCUGCAAGGAGUGUGGGAAGACCUUCAGUCAUCGGUCUCAGUUGAUUCAACAUCAGACUGUUCAUACUGGCGAGAAGCUAUAUGAAUGUAAGGACUGUGGGAAGGCCUUUAAUCAAGGCUCAACUCUUAUUCGGCAUCAGAGAAUUCAUACCGGUGAGAAACCCUAUGAAUGUAAGGCAUGUGGGAAGGCCUUUAGAGUGAGCUCACAACUUAAGCAGCACCAGAGGAUUCACACUGGAGAGAAACCCUACCAGUGCAAGGUAUGCACUAGGGCUUUCAAACGGGUGUCACAUCUAACUGUGCAUUACAGAAUUCAUACGGGCGAAAAGCCCUAUGAAUGUAAGGCCUGUGGGAAGGCCUUCAGUCACUGCUCACAACUGAUCCAACAUCAGGUCGUUCAUACUGAGGGAAAGCUCUAUGACUAUAAGGAAGGUGGGAGGACUUUAAAUCAUGAUUCAACCACUGUUCAACAUCAGCGAAUGCAAAAUAGAGAAACACAAGGGAAUUUAAUAAAUGUAGAAAAGCCUUCCAUCAGCACUUAUCCCUUGCUCAUCAUCAGGGAAUUUAUGUUAGCAAGCAAUCAUAUGAAUGGAAGUACUGGGGAGAGCCCUUUGGCAUAGGCUUGUCACAGCUUACUCCUUAUAUGUCGGAGAAACACUUCAGUGUAACAUGAGUGGGAAUGCCUUCAUUCAGAGCUGACCUUAGUAUCUUGAGUCAUAAAAUUCAUAUUGAAGAAAAAUUUUACGGAUGUAAGUCGUUGAGACCAUGAUUGUCAAAGAAGCGAGGAAAGGUUGGAAAAAUUUUGUCUUUUAACACAUUCCCAAUUCACCUUUUCUAACCACUGUGUAAUAAUUUUAACAAUAAUAAAAAGUUUUCAUUUUUUUGGAAAGAAAAAAGAAAACAGCCACACUAUUCUUGAGUUAACAAGGAAAUAAAUCUUGCAAUUACCAUGAAUGGUAAAGGAAAGAACGACAGAGUUUUACAUGCCAGCAGACAUGGGAUGUGGCUAACGCUACUCAGAAUUUUUAUGGCCUUGUUAAACAUGAAAACCUGAAAUAUUAUACUCAGAUAUACUAAAUGUACUAUUCAAGAAGCCAGAAAAGAGAAUACCAAACACUCAGGUGAUGAAAGAACAAAUGAAUACAAAAUGAUGAAAUAUAAAGUGGUUAUCUUACAAUAAUCUCAGUUUUUAUUUCUUCCCUCAUCUAAGAGUAAACUAAAUUUAGGAGAUGGUUUCUUAAUUUCCACAUUAAUUGUUUUGGGUUAUCUUUUAUAACUUCUGUCACAGAUAGAAGGGAUUGAUUGCCUACCCAGCAACCAUACCCAAUUCCCCUUCCUAUUGACAGCAUCUGGGUUUUGCCUUAGAACCUAAAGAUGUCAGAUGCUAAUUUUCAGCCUCCUUUGCAGCUCAGGAUAGCCCAUAUGUUCCAGUGUAUGGCCAGUGUGUUCCAGGGAUGGACCUGCAGGGCUUUGGGAAAGAUUUUCCUCAUUCAGAAGA